GCUCCUCAUUUCCUCUCCACCUCUUCUCCGUGGGGUCAUGGAACGUGCACAUAUCCGAGCAGCUCUAGAAGUCCAAUUUCAUCAACGAUGGGACGGGAUUGUUACCUCGCUGUUGAAAGUGUCCACACAGUGUUCACAUACAUACUAUCGCUGAGUUCCGUGUCCGUAGCGCAGUCCUGCCAUAGCUGUCAAGGUCACAAACGCUAUCUGCUCCAAGACUCUCGUCUCGAAUCGUCCAGCGACACUAUUACUGUCCUUCUGGAAAGUUUGAAGUCAUAGCCUGUGCUCAUGAGGCAUAUCCGGGCCGUUUCCCCGACUGUGACGCUGUGUUUUUCAUUUCCGCUCUGCCGCUUUGCCGCUUUGCCGCUCUGCCUAUGACUUGGCCGACUACUGCGCACCAUGCUCAAGGCGACCAUCCUCAUUGUUUAAAAAGCCAGGCAUCCUCGCGCACCCAUCAGAGAAGUUCCAUGUUGUUGGACUCGACGGCUACAGGACACGCCCUCAUGUACACUUUGACCUCACUCAUCAUGCACGUUGUUGAGAAAGCCUUGGCGCUCUUUCACGAGGUCCUCCUGCAUGCUGGACGCAUCACAGAAGGCCCUCUGCCUACCGAUAUGUACCACUGCCUCGUGUUGUUCUUCUUUCCACCUCUUGACGCCAACAAACUCCCGUAUCCACCUCAAGUCAUCAGCGCAACGGCGCUCCUGAACCAAGUGAUCGCCAGCGGCGACAGGUGUGACAAUCUAGUCCUGCGCCGAGUCGAACUCUACAAGCAAAGGUGGAGCCCAUUCGAAUUCAUCAUUUGCAAGUACGCCAACCGUCAGGAGGGUCCCUUGUUGCCCGAAAACUAUCUUCUCCUUUCCUGGUCCUUCUAUGAUGGGAUGGAAGAGAGUCAACAGCCCGCUCCCCCUGCCUCCGUUCAUCAGAACUACGCCGAGGGUCCAGCAGCACACGAUGAGAUGGCCACUCAAUCUAAAGAACGCGGAAUCAAUGCAACGCAGGAGACAGGCGGCAUUGGCUUUACGUCCACGAACCAGCGCCGAAUCCGGACACCGAUGGCCAAGUUAUUCAUCUCAGGAUCCAGAAAACAAAGAUACCUUAUGGAGAUGAAAGGCAGUAGCAAACUGCUCGCUUCGUUCGACCUACCAAUGGAGGGUGCAAUGCGCAUGGUCGAUUUUCUUUGGGUCUCGAACUGGGCUGUGUUUCCGUUUCCACACGACCUUCCUGUCUCGUCAUGCUACACCUUCCUCUCGCGCCUUGUCUUUGAUACUCUGGUUAAGCGCACAAAGCACCUCGAGCCUGCCAUCUAUACUGCACGAGGAGCAGCUCGCCUUAAGAUGGACCCGCUCAACUGGGAUGGGCCUACCAGUGAGACGGCCAGAAUGCAGCACAUCUUCAAAGACCGUCUCCCAACCCUGUACUAUGAUUCCGAACACAUCCGGAAUGUUCGCCAAGAGAUUGACAACAGCCGCUGGAAGCUCGAUGCCCCCCUACUCGCUCUCCGCCGAGAGACAAUUGCUUAUGUGAUGGCUCGUCUAGUGUUGGAGCAACAGAGAGCUGCUGCUGGAGCAACGCUCGAACAGCUCGAAGCAAAGAUCGAACAGCUCGAAGCACUGCUGCGUGCCCGGCAGACACGAUCAGUGGAGAUAUCGCAGACGCAUGAGGUCUAGAACCCUGUAAUCGAAUCGAAUGACCGUUCCAAUCUUGUUUCUGUCACUGUGUUCAAAUUGCGCAUAAUUUGUAGCCAUCCAAAAUCAAUCAGACUUCUCUCCGAUCUUUUCAUCCAACGGGAGCAGGGUGUGCGCCAGCCGCACAACAGUUUUGGUCCCAGGCGGAAUGCUGAAGCUGAAUCUGCCAACGAGCUCGCAGAGGAUGAUCUGCAUCUCCAUAACACUGAAGGGAUGAUUUGAGAGUGUAGCACAA